CCAACGGAAGUUAAUUUGGGCAUCUACAUCAACAGUUUUUAUUCAAUCAGCGAGCAAACAAUGGACUACUCGGUGAGUAUGUAUUUAAGGCAACUGUGGAGAGAUCCGCGCCUCAUGUAUCCACCGCUUUUCAACAAGACGAAAGAAAUUCGCGUUGGCGACCAAUUCCUUCAUGACUUAUGGAUACCAGACACAUUCUUCAGAAAUGAGAAGCGAGCAACAUUUCACGAAGUCACAGUGAACAACAGGUUCAUGAAGUUAAAUUCUACAGGUCACGUUUGGUACGUCACAAAGAUAUCAGCUACUCUCUCAUGUCCGAUGAAACUGGAAAAUUAUCCUCUGGAUAAACAAGUUUGUCCCAUGAUGUUUGAAAGCUUUGGUUACACAAUGGACACCUUAUACUUCACCUGGUUGCCUACAGCUGUCGACAUUGACAAACGACUUGAAAUGCCCCAGUUUAGUUUAAGGGGACAUUUUCUGAACGACUGCGCUCAAAACUACACUGCAGGAAUAUAUCCUUGCCAAGAAAUCCGAUUUCUGUUGCAGAGAGAUGUCGGUUAUUUUUUGAUCCAAGUGUACAUUCCUUCCAUGUUGAUAGUAAUACUCUCGUGGGUCAGCUUCUGGAUCAACGUGGACGCAUCGCCUGCCAGAGUCUCCAUCGGCCUCCUCACUGUUCUGACCACCACUACCCAAAGCAGUCAAAGUACUGCCACUCUGCCGCGAGUUUCCUACAUUAAGGCCAUAGACGUGUGGAUGUCCGUCUGCUUAGUUUUCGUGUUUGCAGCCUUACUCGAAUAUGCUGCAGUUAAUGUACUUUCUCGUCGG